CGCCUUUCAAUCGAUCGUUGACGAUGGCUCCCGGCCGCACCUCCGGCGAGACCUUCGGGCUCUCCAGGAAGCCAUCCGUGGAACGGAUCGGGUCGAUUAAGAAGAUCCACGGAUCCUCCGCCUUCGAUUCGAUCGUUUCCGUCGCCGGGAAUUCGUUCACGGGGAAGGUGAAGAAGCUCUGCUCUCUCUUCGACGCGCAGAAAUUGUCUCGCGGAUUGUCCAGCUUUCUCCCCCUGCAGCGGCAAUCUUCCACCGUCUCCGCCGCCGCGAAACCCUCGAUUUCCGGAUCUGGCGAUUCUCCGCCUCUGCUCCCUGGGACGGACGACAGAGUGGUCGUUUACUUCACCAGCCUCCGCGGAAUCCGCCGCACGUUCGAGGACUGCUACACGGCGCGGAUGAUCCUGAAGAGCUUCCGGGUGAACGUGGACGAGAGGGACGUUUCCAUGGACGGCGCGUACAGGGCGGAGCUGCAGAGCGCGUUGGGGGAGAAGAGCGUGAGCCUGCCGCAGAUUUUCAUCAAAGGGAAGUACAUCGGCGGGGCUGAAGUGAUCAAGCAGAUGAACGAAGUGGGCGAGCUGGUUAAACUGCUCAGGGGUCUCCCGGCGCGGCCGCCGGGAUGCGCCGCCGUAUGUAACGGCUGCGGAGACGCGCGCUUCUUCCCCUGCACGAAUUGCAACGGGAGCAAGAAAGUGUUCGACGAGGGAGGUGGACAAGUGCGGAGGUGCCACGUGUGCAACGAAUACGGGCUGGUUCGCUGCCCUUUCUGCUGUUAUUGACUGCCCGGCGGGUAUUUAACUAUUUUGUGGAGAUCAUUUUUUUAAUGGGCUAUUGUCACCACGUUGAAUACUCAUCGAAGAUAAUAAAGCAUAUUUUAUUGU